AUGUCUGCUCUCUGUGCACUAUUUGUGGUGGUUAUUCUGCCUUUGGCAGAUUUUACCAACGCUGAAAGGGUCCUCGGGGCCUAUAUUUUUCAGCGCCAUGGGGAUCGCACAACCAAAAAUUGGCCACCUACUAAUUUGACUACUCUGGGUUACAGUCAAGAGUACAUGACUGGUACCUUUUUCCAUGACCGUUAUAUCUCAUCAAACUCCUCCUAUCAGAUCGAAGGGAUCAGUACCGACACGGUCAAUUUGGCCCAGGUUACUGCGAGUGCGCCGCAAGAUGAUGUUAUCGAAAACUCAGGAGAAGGAUUUCUACAAGGCCUAUAUCCUCCCAUCGGCUCUGUUGCUACGGAGACUCUGCGCAACGGAUCAUCAAUCCAAUCCCCACUGAACGGCUAUCAGCUGAUCCCGAUGUCGGAUGUGCAGUCUGGCAGCUCCAGUGAAAACAGCGCUUGGCUCCAGAGCACAUCUACCUGCGACAAGGCUGAAAUUAGCAGUGAUAAUUACUUCAUCUCAAAAUCAUACGAGAGCUUGUUGUCAUCCACCAAGGAUCUGUACCAAUCUCUCGAACCGUUGGUCAAUGGGACAUUCAGCUCCAGUGAACUGAGCUACAAAAAUGCUUAUCUCAUAUGGGAUCUCCUUUACGUGUCUUUGAUCCACAACUCGACCACGAGUUUCCCCACAUCCAACCUUCUCACUGAUCAGACAAUGCAAGAGCUUCUUGUUCUUGCAAACGAGCACGAGUUCAACUUGGCAUACAAUAGUUCGGAUCCAAUCCGUGCUGUUGCUGGUAAGACUCUUGCCGCUGAAGUCCUUACAAGCCUGAACAAAACAAUUACAUCUGGCGGCAAAUCCAAACUGAACAUCCAGUUCGGUGCGUACAAUCCUUUCCUUUCAUACUUCGGUCUGGCUGGGCUCUCAACCGUAAAUGAGAACUUAACUGGAAUGCCCAACUACGCUUCUUCCAUGGUAUGGGAGCUUGUGACAAACGAUACUGGCAACGGAAUACCCUCCACAUCAGACAUCAGUGUGCGUUUUAUCUUCCACAAUGGAACCAGCAUCGAGGGCUCGACACAGCUACAAACAUAUCCGCUGUUCGGGCAGUCCACCCUCGAGCUCCCUUGGGCACAGUUUGUUGACAAGACGAAUGAUUUUGCCAUUUCAUCGCAGCAACAAUGGUGUCAGGCCUGUGGAAAUACCACUGGAAUCUGUGCCUCGUCCUCCGAUGCAAGCGGCAGUAAUUCAUCCUCUAGCUCGUCGUCUUGUUCUAAAUCCGGGGGAAUGAGCUUAGGAGUGGCGGGUGUUAUAGGUGCGAUGGUGACUUUGGGUGUUCUUGUGGGACUGCUAGCACUCAGCAUGCUCAUCUUUGGUUUACGACUUGUGCCAAAGAGUGCGCUCGCCAUAAAUCAUCGGGGAUCUGACGCUUCUACUACUCCGGUAAUUAAGACGCCAAAUUCGGCUUAG